AUGUCUGUUCCCCCAGACAUGAACACAAAUCAACCAGAACUUUUGUGGACGCCUGAAAUAGCACGACGGACCAAAGCACAGGUGUUGCAGGAAGAAUGGGGAGUUCCCGAUGUAUACUCAGUAUAUGAAAAACGAGCAGAACUCUACGAUAGACCCCUUCCGCCCCUGGAGGCUUGGACUAAGUUGAGAUCGCGUCCUUUGUCCCUCUUUUACCAGGCGCCUUCUUGUCCACCUAUCCCGUCUAUGGAAGAAAUCCGCAACGUCACCCCAGAUAAUAGUCUCCAUGCGAACAACGGUAACCAUCUAGUAUCUAAACUCGGGGCUACUGUUGUCAAGCAUGGCUGUAGUGCUAGUAUCUUGGAAGAAGCUGAGAACCUGCUUUUCCUUGCAGAAAAACGCCCUAAUCUGCGCAUACCCACCGUAUUAGCCCUCUGGUCGACUACAGAAGAAGAAGAUAUUGAAAACCCUGUGUUCUGCCUGAUGAUGGAAUUCAUUGAAGGUAUACCAUUGGGCCACGAUGUAUUUCAAACACUACCGAUCUGGGUACAAGACACUAUCUGCGCUAAAGUGUCAUCGCAACUUCGUUACCUCCGCGAACUUCCAUCUGAGGGAUACUACGGACGAGUUCACAAACAGGCGUGGUUAUACCCGCCAACAGGCAUAAAGUCAUUCACAUAUACAUCUCCAGCAACUGUUGGGCCGUACGAAACCUACGAAGAUUUCAUUUCAGCUAUGCGUCGCACUGAGCAAGUGCAGCGGGCUGUAGGCUAUAAAUCUGCAGAAUGGUGGCAUGGAGACGAAGAGAGGACGGCUAAGCUCAUGGGCAUCUUCCCAGACUGGGAGCCCAACGAGCCAAAGUUCACAUGGAUUGACCCAAAACUUACAAACAUGAUUGCUCAAAAAAUUACAAGAGAAGAUGGAAGCGAAGACUGGGAGGUCUUCUUACUCGAUUGGGAAGUCUGCGCAUGGUACCCUGCUUGGGUCCAAGGGACGCAAAUUAUAGGACGCAGCGGCGUUUUAACCCGCAACCCUACGGAUCCAUACAAACCCACAUCCUAUAGGAAAUCAGAAAUCACUUCGAUGAUGAGGAAGGAUUUCGAUCCUGAUAUUGACCAGGAGCGCCUGGCUAUUAUCCGAGAACACCCGGCCUGGAGAUUCUACUAG